CACGUUCAGAGGUCGCGCUGGGAAGAUGGCGGCGCCCGGGMGCUGAGGGGAAAGCGGUGUAGCGGCCGCGGCCAUGAGUGCUGCCCGKCGCUGCCGCCCGCCCCGGGCGCUCGCAGGAUUAUUUGCUUUGCGUCUGAGGAACACUGGCAUACAGCAGAUACGGUGCCCUUGUGUGCACCUUUGCCGUGUAGGCGACAGGUUGAUUACAUUUCAGUACUUUAACUUUCUCAAACGAAUGUAUGUAACACAGUACAACAAAGACCUCAGCCAACAAGCCAAACCCAAGUCCAAUUCAACUGUGUCUCCUUUUCACGAGCUUCAGCAAUUGGAUCAGGAMAGAAAGGUUGUGUGCAAAAUUAGCCCAAUUUCACCCGUUCAUCAGUCGUGGUCUGAGACAUCAAGCAGAAAUGAAUUGAGAGAAACGAAAUCAGCUGCUGAAACUGAAGACUCACUCACCCYAGUGGGAACAGAAUCCAAAGAAGACAGACAGUGGAAAGAAAUGAAGCUACGGCUGGAUGAUUUGCCAGGAAUUUUGGCACGCUUAUCCAAAAUCAAGCUUACAGCUCUGGUCGUAAGCACUGCAUCUGCUGGCUUUGCCAUGGCCCCGGUCCCUUUUGAGCUCACCUGUUUCMUUCUUGCCUCCCUCGGAACCGGCCUGGCAUCCUGUGCUGCCAACUCCAUCAAUCAGUUCUUUGAGGUUCCGUUUGACUCAAAUAUGAACAGGACUAAAAACAGACCACUGGUGCGAGGACAGAUCAGCCCUCUGCUCGCYGUCUGCUUUGCUGCCUGCUGUGGAAUCCCAGGAAUUGUCCUGCUCACGCUGGGAGUGAACCCUCUCACCGGUGCCCUGGGAGCCCUCAACAUCUUCCUCUACACAUGCUGCUACACACCCCUCAAGAGRAUGAGCAUUGCCAACACGUGGGUGGGAGCUGUUGUUGGGGCCAUUCCCCCCGUCAUGGGCUGGACUGCRGCCACUGGUAGUCUGGAUGCUGGUGCAUUACUGCUGGGAGGGAUCCUCUAUUCCUGGCAGUUCCCUCACUUCAACGCCCUGAGCUGGGGUCUGCGGGAAGAUUACUCGCGAGGAGGAUACUGCAUGAUGUCUGUCACCCACCCGGGGCUGUGCCGACGGGUGGCUCUGCGUCACUGCUUAGCCUUAAUUGGACUCUCAACAGUGGCUCCUGUCCUCGACAUCACCACGUGGACUUUCCCCAUCAUUUCUCUCCCUAUCAACCUCUACAUCUCCUACCUCGGCUUUCGGUUCUACAGGGACGCCGACCGCAGCAGCUCCAGGAAGCUCUUCUUCUGCAGUCUGUGGCACUUGCCAAUGCUGCUGCUUGUCAUGUUCACCUGCAAGAAAUCAGUCCUGGAGAAGGAAGACAAAGGUGAUCUACUGGGGGAAAGUCAUGACAGGGCUAUGGAAAUUAGAUUGCCUURAAUGUCAAUACCCAUCAUGCUCGUGACACAUCAGGUAGUAUAUUAUAGUAAAUGCAAGGGGGAAUCCUGUGGGAAUCUGUUUGAAGAAAAAUAAUUUGUGCCUAGCAACCACUUCAUGCGAUAAUUUUCUAUUUUCUUUUGAAAGGGAAUAGUCAGGAGAGCUUAAAGYGUUCAGGGCCUCAGGCGCCCUAACUCAUCACAGAUUAUGAUUUWGCCUAUGUCAGAAGCACAUCACUUUGGGAUGGCCUUCCAAAGUCCCAGGGAGUCAUGGUCUCCAUCCUCAUGGGUAGCUGAGUUAGUCCAGUUACAAGUCACAUGUGCACAUGUGCCACCACCAGCACUGGCAGCCUUGGUGAAGCCACCAGGAAGUGACCAAUGAAUGAUUUCUCACCCUGUUCCCCAAUCACCCUUUCCUUUAAUUUAAGCUUUGGGCCACAUGAGAGGGUGAACUUUUCUCUCAAUAUGUGCUAUCCCUGCACUGGUAUUACACYGAAGCCCUCUGUUUUGGGGGCUUUUUUCAAUCAGCUGCUCUUCCCAAGGUUCCCAUUCACUUCAGUAGAUUUUAGCACUCAYUCGCUUGGCGCAGUGCUAAAGUAGUGAAGAAAACUGUCUCAGCACAACACACACAGGCAUUUAAACAGCUCUCCUGUAGCAUAUCCCKUGGACACACUGAGCCAUUCUAUUGUAUUUCCAUCAUGGGGAACUUCUGACUCCCAUGAGGUUUUGCAUCAUUAUUGUUUGAGUCCUGUGUGUCAGAUCUUCAGCUGGU